GCUUUCUGCAGAUGCUUUCCAGAUCUUUGAGAUAAUUUAGCAGAGCAAGCUAACAAGAUUCAGCAGUAUCAACAGGGUGCCUCCUCUCUGGGAGAGGAAAAAGACCCUGUAUUUCCUUCUUUUAUUAUUUGUUUCAGGAACUGAAAACCAGAAGAGACUGGAUCGUGUCUCGCACUUUGCCACAAGACAUAAAAAGCCAUUCUCCUGGUAUUUUGUCGGCCCUUGAUUUCCUCAGGCACGUCCCUUCUUCAGAAAUAAACUGGGCAGGAAGCCAGACUACUCAGCAGUCAGUUUCGAUUUAAGACGAGGCAGGACACCACCCUCCAUCAGCGAAGAAGCUGCCAGAGUCAGAUCUUCCCAGGAGAAGGCCUUGGCCGCGCCACGAUGGGCUCCCUCAGUGCAGCAAACACCAAGUUCUGCCUGGACUUCUUCAAAGAGCUGAGAAAAGUAAAAAGAAAUGAAAAUAUCUUCUUCUCCCCACUGAGCAUCUCAGCUGCCCUGAGCAUGGUCCAGCUGGGUGCUGGAGGCAACACAGCUGAAGAGAUGGAAAAGGUGCUUCAUAUUCAUGAGGUGCUGAGCACGGCAAGUCUAGGAACCAAGAGCACCAGUGGAAAGUGUGAAGAAGCCGGAGGAGCCCAUUCUCAGUUCCAGGAGCUUUUGUCUGCCCUCGGCAAAGCUGGUGCCACGUGUUCCCUCAGCAUUGCCAACAGGCUCUUUGGAGAAGUGACUUUUCAGUUCCUUCAGCAAUACUUAGACUCCACAAGGGUCUUGUACCAUGCAGAGCUGGAAGCGGUGGACUUCAUUAAUGCUACCGAAGAGUCCAGAGAGAAGAUGAAUUCCUGGGUGGAAAAACAAACCGGUGGAAAAAUUAAAGAUCUGUUCCCUCCUGGCUCUAUUGAUAGCACAACAGUGCUAGCUCUGGUCAACGCUAUACACUUCAAAGGGCAGUGGGCUAUAAAAUUUGAGGAGAAAAACACCAGGGAAAUGCCUUUCAUGCUGAACAAGAGAGAGCACAGGUAUGUACCAAUGAUGUGUCGGGAAGGAAAAUAUAAAGUAACCAGGAGACAAGAAGAGCAAGUGACAGUGCUGGAGCUCCCGUACACUGGAGAAGAGCUCAGCAUGUUCAUUCUUCUGCCAGAAAACAUCUGUGAUGAGUCUACUGGCCUUGAACAGCUAGAGAGUGCUGUCACCUAUGAGAAAUUAGCAGAAUGGACCAACAUGGAGAAUGUGUGUCCGCAAAAGAUCAUGGUGUACUUGCCGCGGUUCAGAAUGGAGGAGAGCUGUGAGCUCAUACCAGUACUGCAGGCUCUGGGGAUGAGGGAUGCCUUCAUCUUUGAACGAGCUGAUUUCUCUGGGCUGUCGAGAGAGCCUGGGCUGUUCCUCUCCAAGGCCAUUCACAAAUCCUUUGUGGAAGUCAAUGAAGAAGGCACUGAGGCAGCUGCUGCUACAGGGAUGACUAUAGUACCAUUGUGCCUUCACAUUCCUUAUGAGUUCAGAGCUGACCACCCAUUCCUCUUCUUGAUCAAACACAAUCUGAGCAAGAACAUUCUCUUCUUUGGCCGAUGUUGUUUCCCUUAAGGGCAGAGCAGGUUCUACUUCUUUCUUCCCAAAGAGAGCACAGUACUGUGGUAGAAGGGAGUAAGGCAUAAACAACAUGUUGCUAUCAAGUGUCACUGGCAUUUCCCGAUGCCCAUAAUCUUGAUCCCAAGAGAAAACACCAAGCUGCUUUGACAAGACUACUGGAAAAAAUUGUAAUGAGCCUUUCCUGUUUAGAGCUCUUUUCAGAUGAGAGAACAACACUGAUGGAGCUUGUUUUAUUCUUAUUUCAUUCUUAGCCAUGAAAACUCUCAUUGGAGUCACGUUGUCUAAACAGUUGGGUGAAGUACUGUGUAAAUGAGAAGUCCAAAAUGAUGCCUCUGCUUUUCAGCCAUACAGCAGGGCUGGUGGUGGGGCCAGCCUCUAGAAGAUGUUGCAGACCUUCCUCCCCAGCCUCCAGGUCCCAAGCCAGAGACAGGUCAGUGCUGAACCCCCUGCUUUCCUCCCACAUGUCUUCAGCAACCCCACCUCUAGCACCUUAACACCACCAUGAGGAGAGGCUCUUGGCUGCCUUGAUGGCAGUCAAACCCACAGGUCAUAUUCAUGUCCUGCGUGCAGCUCCACACAGAUGCUGGGUGUGGAGAUACGUAGCUGCAUUUGUCCCUCACUCUUCUCCUCAGGUACCCUCUUCAGCCCUCCCCUUUGGGAAGGACCUCUGAAGUGACAAGAGCCCUUCCCACAGGUGUGGAGACACAAAAGAUAUCCCUGGCAGAGGUAGCUGAUCUUCACAUUCAGCACAGGGGAGAGAAGUCCUGUUCCUCUCUGGUGGACCCUGGGGGCUUAUGGUCUUUGCCUGACUGCAAUUUGGCAGCGAGCCUUUGCAGUGUGGUGCAGCACCUCCUAAAGGAGUGCAGGCUCAUCAUGUUGUGCCAUAGGGGGUCCCUAAGGGCACCAGAGCAGUCCCAUUUCUCUGCUGUGCAAGUCCAAGCCAUGAACACCUUCACAAUGAUGCCAGCCGUCUGUCUGACAAAGCCUGGGCAGGCUUCAGGGGGAACCCAAAAGCCCUGCAGUGAUGUGCUGUCUGUCCACAAAAAGUUGGCUGCACCUCCUUUGCCCUCAGCUCUGCCGUGCCUGUGCGUCGUGUCUGGGGAAAGCUGAAUAUUGCGUCCUUCCCUUUUUUCUCUCCUGCUGCAAGCAUUAUGUGUAGACACAUUGUAGAUCAUGUGUAGGUACAUGGUCUGACACAUUGCAUGCCAUGAGUGCGUGUUGUUUUCCAAGGCUUGAUACAUUUACAGCAAUGAACUAUACUUUGGAAAUAAUUUAAACAAUAGUAGUCCUGUUAAACUGUAGUAGUUUCCUGAACCGUAUAGUGUGACAGCAAUAAAGGUAUUCAGAGCAUUUCAUUGGUAUGGCUUUUUGAAUCCUGAUUUGAAAGAUGCCUUAGGUACUCAAUGCUUUU